ACCACAGUUGCAAUGGCAUCACUGAAUGUUAAACUGCAGAAUUGUUUGAAAAACCGUCGCUCGACUAUCAACUGUCUGCCCAAGGGUGUAGAGGACAUCAAAACAUUCCCGUUUUCUCAGGAGAAAGCAGUCAAAGCUUGGACAUCUCUGGAGAAUCUUGACAAUCCGGGCACCAAACCAGUGAGCCCCAAAGGAGAGGAAAGACAGGAAAGGCAACAGGUCAUCAUUGUUAAUGUUGGGGGGAAGGUGUUUCAUAUCCCCAAACAGUAUGCUGCUAAGUAUCCUCAGACGAGGAUAGGCUCAUUGGCCCUGUGCAGUGACCGAGCAAAACUCCUAACGCUUUGUGACGACUACUCUGUACGCAAAAAUGAAUUCUUCUUCGAUCGGGACCCUGCAUUUUUCCACCAUGUUUGCCAUUUCUACACAAGUGGAGUUUUGUGGGUGAUACGUGAAAUGUGCCCCAUCAACUUUGAGGAGGAGAUCGCAUACUGGGGCCUGAGCCUGAAGGACACUCAGCUUUGCUGCUGGAUGGUGUUCCAGGAGAAGGUGGAUGAUGUGAAGGAGAACCUUAAAGUGGACCGGGAGCUGAUGGCUGAGAUCGAGGUCAAGUACGAUGACGAGUGUUUCAAAGAAAUGGUCUUUGGGAAUGUACGAAAGUCGCUGUGGAACCUUGUGGAGAAUCCAUACUCUUCAAUUGUAGCUAAGGCUUUCACUGUAGUCUCCAACCUUCUUGUGCUGUUCUCCAUCUUUGCAAUGACUCUCAACACCGUGGAGGAACUUCACAUGUAUAAAAUAAACGGCAAAACGUACAUGGAAUGGGUGGAGAUCCUCACCAUUAUAUUCUUCACCUUUGAAUACGUCAUUCGCCUUUUCACCAAUCCGAACAUUGCAAUCUUUUUGAAGAGCGGACUCAACUUUGUGGACAUGGUGGCUGUCAUGCCGUAUUUCUUCCAGAUAGUCUUUGAAGUCUUUUCUGACCAGGAGAACGUGAGCGCACAGGAGGACCUCAAGACCAUGGCUCGGGUCAGCAAACUCAGCCAGGUCCUCAAAGUCAUCAAGCUAAUGAGGAUCUUUCGGAUUUUAAAGCUUGCUCGACAUUCCACGGGCAUGAGAGCGUUUGGCUUCACCCUGCGGCAGUGUUACCAGCAGGCCUCUUGUAUUCUCCUUUUUAUUGCCAUGGGAAUCUUCACUUUCUCGGCUCUCCUUCAUUCAGCCGAGAGAGAGACUGAGGGAACUCCCAUCAGCAGUAUCCCACAUGCCUGGUGGUGGGCUGCAGUCAGCAUCUCCACUGUGGGCUAUGGGGAUGUGGUUCCUGUAACCAUCCUGGGCCGCUUUGUGGCCUUCGGCUGCAUCUCAUUCGGUAUCAUCCUCAACGGCAUGCCGAUCUCUUUCCUCUUCAACAAGUUCUCUGAUUACUAUUCCAAGCUAAAAGCCCAGGAGUACAACACCAUAUUAGUGCAGCGGCGCUUUUACCUUAAGAAGCGCCUCCGACGCAAAAUGGACAUGUGUUUUCAUCCCUCAGAGGAAGAAAGUACGGCUGACAGCCAGUGUGAGUGCCCACACAAUGAAUCUAAUGAUGAUAACUGAUGUGUGUCUUAAGUUUGAAUAUGUUAUUUGGUAAACUUGAAACUGAGUCUUCAUGCAUAACUGUGUUUAAGGAAGUGAGAAAAUAAACUGACUUUAAAAGCAGGUUCAAACAGAAGGUGGACUGUUUUGCACAGAAGUUGUCACUAUCACUCCUUUAACUCAUCAGCCACACCUUUCUGAUAAACCAGAUCAACAGAAGGAAAGUUUAUUGUGCUGUAAAUGACUGGUGAGUGUCAUGAAGUCUCCAAAUUUGAAAUAUACAAUCUGGUGAGCUGUGUGUCUUUAAAGUGGGCUUGGACCGGAAAAUUACUGAAUUGUAAACGAGUGCCUGUGAAUGAAUAAACAUAGAAAUUGUGUGAAUGUUUUUUAUAAACAUACACUUGUGUUUCCAUCAAUACUGUCACAUAGUUAACAUGAACCCAUUCUAUCAAAUGAGUGAUUAAAAAGUACUGUUGACUGAAGUAUUUUAAAUGAAAUGAAAUGUGAUCAUCUCAAGCUCUUCAUUAUGACACUGCAGAGUUAUCAACGCUGAUUCCAACAGAUAACAAACAUGUUUUUGUCAAAAUGAAAGUCAACACUGACAGUGAGAAACCAUUCUGUUUUCUGAGAAGAUGACCUAGACAAUGAAGAGCUGCUCCACUUUUUUAAUGUUUCACUUACAAAAAGGGUUUUUCCCCAGAGAGCGGGGGGAGGACAUGCAACAACGGGCAGAGGUUGUAUUCACACCCACAGCCGCUGUGAUGAGGACUGCACGAAGUAUGCGGCAUAAUUGCCAGGCUUUCAGGUGCCCAAAAUUUGACAUUUUAUGCUGACAUUUGAUGGCUACUUUGUCAUGAUGUGGCAGAAAUCCAUUGCUUGGGGUUUCCUGUGUGAACUACAAGAAACCUAAAGAAUCAUUUCCUGUGAUCUGACAACACUGCCUGUCUGCCCACAUCUCCAUGUAUUCUGCCCACAUCUCCAUGUAUUCAGCAUUUGUGCAAAGCUAUUUAGCUAAUGGCAGGGUCCUUAUUUCUACUGUGCAUGUAGGGCGGUGGUCUUUCAGUCUUUCCAACUUUCAGUAUAAUGUGAUAACUCUUAUGUGUUUUGUCCCACAGUCCCUUGAUCUAUUUUGUAUAUAUAUGUCUAAAUUAUAUCAGCUUUAAUGAACCAAUGAUUUUCUUAUGUGUGAGCAAAGAUAUACAUUCCAAUCAAGACUC